CUCAAACAUAACAAUAAUAAGAAGUGAGCGAGACAGAGGAAUAAAGACAUACAAAGACAUCAAUAAAAAAACUUCAUACAAAAUCCUCCAUUUUGGAUUUUUUCAUAAAGCAGUUUUUGGUGUUGUUUCUCUUCGUAUUCGGGGCAUUGUUCACGUAAAAGUUUUAUUUCUUUAAAUAAAAUUUGGAACAUUUAGUUUUGUGAACUUGUCAAUUAAAGUGUUUGUGUAAAAUUGUUUCGAGUGUUUUGAAGUACACUUGAUUCAAGAUAAAAAAAAAAUUUAAAAGGUUUCGAAACCUCUAAUAUUUUGUGAAUGCCUAAUGUCAGCAUUAUCGCAUCUAUAUUUGGGAAGUGAACCGAGUGAAGCGACUAUUUACAAACGACGAUACAGUCGCUCUGAAUUGGACGACGAGAGUGCCAGUGCUCAAAAAUACGACAGAAUGGAUGACGAAAAUAAUCAAGAUCGCGAACGAUUUGCAAGUCGUGAAAAUCACUGUGAAAUCGAAAGAAGGCGACGCAAUAAAAUGACUGCCUACAUCACCGAAUUAUCCGAUAUGGUGCCAACAUGCAGUGCACUAGCACGUAAACCAGACAAAUUGACCAUUUUACGAAUGGCCGUUGCUCAUAUGAAAGCACUCCGCGGUACGGGCAACACAAGCAGCGAUGGCACAUACAAACCAUCAUUUUUAACAGAUCAAGAGCUGAAGCAUCUCAUAUUGGAAGCUGCUGAUGGUUUUUUGUUUGUUGUCUCGUGUGACGAAGGUCGAAUCAUUUAUGUGUCAGAUUCAGUGACGCCAGUGUUAAAUCAUUCACAAAAUGAUUGGUUCAAUACAUGCUUUUUCGAGCAAAUUCAUCCGGACGAUCGUGAAAAGGUUCGUGAACAAUUGUCAACGCAAGAACCACAGAACAGUGGACGAAUAUUGGAUUUGAAAUCGGGAACGGUGAAAAAAGAAGGUCAUCAAUCAUCGAUGCGUUUAAUGAUGGGAUCAAGACGUGGUUUUAUAUGUCGUAUGCGUGUCGGUAAUUGCCAUUCAGAAAGCCAUUUGAAUCGUUUGAAGCAGAAAAAUUCACUUGGACCAGCCGGAAGUGAUGGUGUUAAUUAUGCCGUUGUUCAUUGUACUGGUUAUAUAAAAAAUUGGCCACCAACUGAUAUGUUUCCCGGCGGCCAUAUGGAACGCCCACAAGACGAUGGCAUGCAUUCGCAUUGCUGUUUGGUGGCUAUUGGCCGUUUGCAAGUUACAUCAACCGCAAAUUCAGCCGAUUUAUCCGCAAAUAAUCCAUCUGAAUUUAUAUCACGUCAUUCUAUCGAUGGUAAAUUCACGUUUGUUGAUCAACGUGUUAAAAAUUUAUUGGACUACGUGCCAACCGAUUUACUCGGAAAAAGUUGCUAUGAUUUCUUUCAUCCGGAUGAUCAGGCUCAUAUGAAGGAGAUUUUUGAUCAAGUAUUGAAACAAAAAGGUCAACACUUUUCAUUGAUGUAUCGCUUCCGUUCGAAAAAAUGCAAUUGGGUUUGGAUUCGAACACAAGCCUAUGCAUUCAUGAAUCCGUAUUCGGAUGAAGUUGAAUAUAUCGUUUGCAAUAAUAGUUCGGGUAAAACGAUGCAUCCAUUGGCCACCGGCAAUACAACGCCAGACAAUGAUCAACCAUACAAUCCAACAGCAACAGCACCAGGAAUUGAUUAUACACUACAACAGCAACAACAACAACAACCCGGAGGCAAUAAUAUUUAUAACGCACACGGAAUGAUGUCGCAUAUGUCACCACAAGCCAACGUUGUUCGGCCGAACAGUGAACAAAAUCCAGUUGGCUACGUCUAUGAAGCGACUCAAUCGCCAAUUGCAUAUGGAGCAAAUGCAUCUCAACAACGACAACCAGUCUCUGAAACCUGGAAUCAAGUAAGCCCAUCACGUUCACCGAAUGCACCACCGACAUAUACUCAAUUGAGUGGUUCACGUGCACAACAACCACCGCCACCACAACCGCAUCAAAACUACCAUACAAAUCAACCAAAUCCAUCGAUGUGGGGAUGGCAAACAAACCAAACUGAACAGGGACCAGUUCCGGUUGUCACAUCGGCUGGACCGUCACACGCGACGAAUGCUGGCAAUGGAAACAGCGGCGAACUGACCGAAAUGCUCACAAUGCUCGAUCAAAGCGGAGGCACUUCAUUCGAAGACCUUAACAUUAAUAUGUUUACAACCCCAUUCGAAUAAGUAUAAUUAUUAUCUAUAUAUUCCAAUUUUUAUGUUCAUUUUUUUAUGAUAUUGAACUAACUUUUUACUAAACAAAUUUUAACUGAUAAGAAACUGUGCAUCGUGUGUUUUCGAUAUUAUACAAAUUUUGGCUUCAAUGUUUUUUUCUGUUUUUUGUUUUUCAUUUAACGAAUGUAAAACUUUGAUUUACUAGAAUUUUAAGGUUGGCAGCUGCUGGUCGCGUGUUUUAUUAGUUUUUCAGUUUUCAAUAUUAUUCCCACCUGAAACAAAACAACUACUUUGUACUGUUGUUAUUUGAAAUGAAAACAAUUCCGCUGAUAAGAAACGCUAGUAAAAUUUAUACACAUCGAAUAAAAUAGACUUAAUUUUCAAAACAAUGCUUAAAAUAGCAUUCUCUUUUAUUCAAAAUUGAUAUUUAAUUUGAAUGGGAGUGAUAACGAACAAACAAACAACAAAAAAAUCAUUAAGACGAAACUAAAUUUUACAGAAUGAUAUUUAUUUCUUCAUAUAUAUUUUUUCGAGUUAACUAACGAAAGAGAAUGUAAAAUCAAAUGAAACUCACAUGUCGAAUGGGCUUAUGAGGCGAACGAUUUGUAUUUUUAACAAAUAGACAUUGUAAUAUUUACAUAUAGAAAAAAAUUCACAAAUGAACAUAUUUUCAUUAAGUUUAGUACAGACAUUUUUAUUUUCUUUUUUUCUUAUUCUAUUUUAUCUUCGACAUUAACAUUUACUAUAUUUUUUUUUGUAUUUAAUUCUCUGUAUUCAAGCUGAGGAAAGAGAAAAAAAAACAAUUUGUAGCUAAGGCUCACAUUAACAUGCAAUACACAUCUUAUUUGAAUAAAUCAGUUUGUACGUAGAAUUUAAAAUGACCCAUUUCGGCAGUAUCACAAUCUUAUUUAUUGUGAACGAUACGGAUUGAUAUAUGUAUAUGUAUACAACCAAAACUUCACGCACGUAUUUUAUUUUAUAAUUUUUCGGAGGUCUCGACAAAUCUAACAAAAAUUUAUUUUUUUUAGCUACUAAGAACCUUUUUGUAUUUCUAAACAAUGCAGAUCAAAAAUAAAUCAAACAUUUUUUUUCUUCUCUUUAUUUUGAAUAAACCGAAAUAAACGAAAA